AAACCAAGACUCAGUAUCUAGAGAGCUCUUCAGGCAAACAGUCGGUCUUUUGAGUCUCUAUACAUAGUGUUCCGCAUAUUUUUAUAUCGAAGUCGCACUUGGCCUGGUGCUGUGUCGCUGGUUUACUUACACAUUUCGUGGAUAUAAUUCUGACAUUACAAUCAACCAUUGUUUCUGUAUAUUUUGUGUUGUGUUGUUUUUUCUGUUUUGUGACUCUUUUUAUAAAUUUGCUUCUUUAGCAACACUGAACCGCGACGAGGAGUGCUGUAAAGUAAAUAAAUAAGGAAAAGUUUUAAAGAUGAGCCCUCCAGAAGCAACGAGUUUAAAAUUUGAUGACAAUCAAUUACCAUAUAUCGAUUUGGGAAGUGUUGUUAUUCGUUUAGAAAAAGAAGAUCCCCCAGAAUGGGCAUUGGAAAAGGCACGCAACGAACUUCGUGAAACACCAGAAGUUGUAGAGAAAGCAAUUCUAGAAUUACGUCAAUUGAUUCAACAAACGGAAUUCCUGCACUUACCUCUGGACGAUGAAUACAUGAAAAUGUUCCUGAGACCCACACAUUACUAUCCAGAAAGUGCCCUCAAAAGACUCAUCAAUUUUUAUCACAUGAAACUGAAAUAUGGAGAAGUUUGUGAUAAUAUCCUUCCAUCUACAAUCAGAAAUGUCUUUGAAGAAAAUAUUCUUUCACUUUUGCCAAAUAGGGAUCAACAUGGUAGAAGAAUUCUUGUCAUUGAAGCUGGAAAAAAAUGGAAGCCAUCAAAAGUGCCACUGGGUGAUAUGUUCAAGGGAAUUCAAUUAGCAGUCGUUGGUUCAAUGGCAGAACCAAAAUCACAAAUUUGUGGAGCCGUUGUCAUCAUCGAUAUGGAAGGUCUGCCAGUUAGUCAUGUGAUGCAAUUCACACCCUCUUUUGCUAUUAUGCUACUCGAUUAUGUUCAAGACUGCAUUUGCAUGAGACUCAAGGCUGUACACAUUGUGAAUAACUCGUACAUUUUCAAUAUGUUAUUUGCCAUCUUUAAACCUUUUAUUAGGGAGAAACUACGAAAGAGGAUUUUCUUCCAUGGAAAAGAUUGGAAAUCAUUAGCUGGACAUAUUGAUAGAGAAUUCUUGCCAGCAAAAUAUGGAGGCACAACAACAUGGGAAAUUCCACCUGGUCAUUUAUUAGCUGAUUUCUUUGAAUGCUACAAAAAGGAUUUUGAAAUGGCAAAUGCUUAUGGAUUUACUGAUGGAUAUAAGAUGAAAAAAUAAAAAUUUUUUGGGAACACACACAAAAUACUUAAGAACGCGUCAAGAUCUUGCCGCGACACACCUCCUAAUUCUAGUAUUCUCUCUCUUUUUUUUUUUUGUGAUACUUUAAGACAUAGAAACUGACAUUCCAUAAGAAACAAAAAAUGAAAAAUAAAAAACAAAA